AUAAUGACAAUUUCGGAUUAGAUUUAUGCUAAGAGUCUAACAUUACAAUCACCAAUGGCAGGACUCGAACUUUUUUACGAUACUUGGGGCUGUAACGCUACCGUCAAAUCCUUGGACUUGUCCUCGUCGCCACCAGGAGAUUGCGACUUCUUUCUUUGGCCCACUAUUGAACCGUUGUUCAGGUUGGAAAACGAUACUGAAACCAAAAUGGCAGAUCCCAAUCUUAUUUACUUACGGUUCCGUGACUUAAGUCGGUUUUGGAUCCAGAGAGUACUGGUGCCAAUCAUCUCUUUCGUCGGUGUUGUAGGGAAUCUGGUGACCAUUGUUAUCUUGACCCGGCGACAGAUGAGUUCGUCCACCAACAACUACCUUGCUGGACUGGCUAUUUUUGACAUGUUGUACUUGCUAUGUAUAUUCAUUUUGUCCAUUGCUCACUACCCUGGCUUGACCGAUCCCCACCACAUCAAUUAUUGGAGACUCUGGCCAUACGCUUUGCUGCUGACCGACGCUUCUAGCAACACAUCUGUGUGGCUAACUGUAUCGUUCACGGUCGAGAGGUACAUCGCCGUGUGUCAUCCAAUCAAAGGAAAGGUGUAUUGUACUGAAUCACGCGCUAAAAAAGUGGUCAUUAUCGUAGCCUUUAUUUGCUGCUGCUUGACGCUCCCAACUCUGUUUGAAUGGACUGUGAUAGAAGUCAUUGACCCACUGACCAAUAAGACCUUGGUGCAGCCAACUUUUUCCGAAUUCGGAAUGAACGUGCUUUAUAAAAACAUAUACUACUGGCUUUGUGUGUUUUUAUUUGUCUUUAUACCUCUGGUUCUACUGACCAUUUUCAACUCCUUCUUGGUCAGAUCCAUACACGCGUCCAGUGCCCAGCGCCAUACGAUGACCAGACGUCGAGACACUCGAGAUUCUUCGCGGCAAGAAAGGAAGAUCACCGUCAUGUUGAUUGCUGUUGUGGUACUGUUCAUGAUCUGUCAACUGCCCACAGCUGUCCUCCUGGUCUACACAACCUUUCACCCACAGAACGCCAUCACUCGUGGGUUAGGAAACAUAUUCAACUUCCUGAUGGCCAUCAAUGCCGCUGGGAACUUCGUCCUAUACUGUCUUCUCAGCCAAAAAUAUCGACGUACUUUUUUGCACAUAUUUUGUCCCUGUCUCAAGAUCAGGCUGGUACGGCUGCAUCUGGAUUUUCAGACUACCAGCUACACCAACGUUGACGACAGUUCUAGCGUGUCCAGGAAUGCCACUGUGUUCAUGUCCACUCGUGGCUUGACCAACAUUCGCAAAGGUUACUGUGGUCGACAUAAAAAUCCUCGCAGGGCUCGAAGUGAUCUUGAAAACCAGGACUCGAGAAGUUCGCGUGACAGUGGAAAAGGAAACAUUCGUGGAUUCAUGAAGUUUUUUCCAUUUUUUCGCCAAAAUUGGAACGAUGCGUCCGGGAACAAUAAAGCUUCCCCCAAAGAACUCGAAGAGCAGUGCAUUCCCCUCAAAAAAGGAAAACACACCAUUUGCUUGACCAAACCAGAUGGAAUUGGAAGUCACUGCUUACACUCUACAGUCUAG